GUCAACAUAUGGAUCUCGCUUUUUGACAGAUCACAUCGAAAUAUAGAUUGUAACAAAAUGAAUUUCGGCUUAUUUUUAAAUAAAAACGCUGUGUUUACGCCCGCCUUUGCAAUCAUACGCAAUGCCAGCAAAAAAGCUGGCGGCAGUACAAGGAAUACCAAAAAUCAAGGACGUCCGAAACAUCGUGGAUGGAGAGUCCAGGAUGGUCACUACGUUUCGAACAGUACAAUUCUGGCAACGCAGAGAACGCCAAGAUUUCAUCCCGGUUUAAAUGUCGGUCUCGGUAGAAACGGUACACUUUUUGCAAUGGACCAUGGAAGAGUGUAUGUAACGUGCGAACAAAUCGAUCCGAAUUGGGAUCACAACUGGGUUCAACGGCAUUAUGCGGGCCGUGAAGGUCAGACUAUUUAUAAAAAAUAUUUUAACGUUGUGCCGGAAGAACAACAUCAGAGAUUCAAGUUGGUGGAUGAAGUUUAAUUUAGCUUAGAAUUAUUAGUUGCAAAUAAAGCGGAUAGAGUUCGAA